GAGAGAGAGAGAGGUAACCAGGCAACUUCAGCUGGAGCAGAGAAAAAGAAGAAUAAAAAAGAGCGUUCAAAUCCUAAUACAAUUAUUUGGCAAUGGGGAGGAUGUAGUCCAGAUUUCACAAUGUCCCUAAAAUGGGAAACAGGAUUACCUCUGCUUUAGAAACAGCAUGGACUUUUCAAAUACCAUUAGUGGGAACUAAUCGAGUUUUGACAAUGAGAAGCAUGGGAACACACAUCAACGAAAAGCACUCAAAGAGUGACUGAGAUGCUCUGUCUGGGCUAGAGUAUCUGAGGGACUGAUUCGCAGUCUGUUGGAGAGCAGUUCUAAAUGAUCCGGUGUGUGUUAUUGGAUCUGUUUGAAGAGGAAUAAGGAUUUAAUAGGAUGUCAACAGAGACGGAACUCCAGCCAGCUGUUAAAACCAGCACGAGAAAGGAGCCCAAGAAGAAAGGUCAGGAUCGGAGCGAGACAGGUCUGAUCAAGCGCUUUAAGGGGGAUGGUAUUCGGUACAAGGCUAAGCUGAUCGGGCUUGAUGACGUUACAGCAGCAAGAGGAGACAAGCUAUGCCAGGAUUCAAUGAUGAAGCUCAAGGGAAUUGCUGCAGCAGCCCGUUCAAAGGGAGAACACAAGCAGAAAAUCUUUUUAACAGUCUCCUUCGGGGGGAUCAAAAUCUUUGAUGAAAAGACGGGGGUCCUUCAGCAUCACCAUUCAGUCCAUGAAAUAUCGUACAUAGCCAAGGACAUCACGGAUCAUAGAGCCUUUGGUUAUGUCUGCGGAAAGGAAGGGAAUCACCGGUUUGUGGCAAUAAAGACUGCACAGUCUGCCGAGCCGGUAAUACUUGAUCUGAGAGAUCUCUUCCAACUCAUCUAUGAGCUCAAGCAGAGGGAAGAGAUGGAGAAGAAAGCACAGAAGGAUAAACAGUGUGAGCAAGCAGUGUACCAGACCAUUUUGGAGGACGAUGUGGAGGAUCCUGUGUACCAGUACAUUGUGUUUGAGGCUGGACAUGAACCAAUCCGUGAACCAGAAUCAGAGGAGAACAUUUAUCAGGUCCCCAAAAGUCAGCAGAAGGAAGGGGUCUAUGAUGUUCCAAAGCGGCAAACAGUGAGUAACAGGGAGACCCUGGUGGAGAUUGAUGAAGACCUUGGCAAGGUCACGCAGAAUAUCAGCCAGUUACAGCUGUUUGGUGACAUGUCGACUCCUCCUGACAUCACCUCACCUUCAACCCCAGCAUCACCUGCAAAUACGCUUGACCCAGGUGUAUUGCACCAGCACCCCUCAGAAAUGUUCGGACCAUUCAACCCUGCUGCUGUCCCCUCAGGUUAUGUCACGAUGGGAGCCGUCCAGCCCGCACUCUGGGGGCAGCCAGUGUUUGGAGCCCAGCAACCCAUGGCCUUUGGAGCCCAGACUCCAGUUCCUCAGGUGAUAGGGGCCCAGCCAAUGAUAUGGGGCCAACCCAACCUUUUCCCUGCUACCCAGCAGCAAUGGGCUGCCAUGGCAGGUGCAUUCCCACCCAAUGCCUUUAUGCCAACGCAAACUGUUGCACCCUUGCACGCGGCAAUGUUCCAAAGCAUGCCUGCUACCAUACCGGCCGUGCCCCCCACCUGUGACUCUGCUGUGUCCAGCCCCCAGGGGGACAAGUCAAAACAGAAGAUGUCCAAGGAGAUGUUCAAGGAUUUCCAGAUGGUCCAGCCCCCACCCGUCCCGUCUCGGAAGGACGAGCAGCCCAUCCUGGCCUGUACCUCAGAAGCCUUCUCCAACUAUUUCAGCCAGGUGGGGGUGGCGCAGGACACUGAUGACUGCGAUGAUUUCGACAUCUCCCAGAUGAACCUGACCCCGGUGACCUCCACCACACCGUCAACGAACUCACCCCCAACCCCUGCCCCGAGGCAAAGUUCUCCGUCCAAAUCCUCAGCCUCGCACGCCAGCGACCCGCCAAUGGAUGACUCCUUCGGGGAGGUCGAGGAGAGCCCGAGCCGGAGCGGAGAGGAAGACGCUGCCGGUGGAUCUCAGGCCUCCUCUAACAGUGAUCCACCUGCAGAGCCCUCUGGUGAUAGCCUCAGCCCUCAGGUCGGUAGCUAGAGAGUGCAGGUCAGGGAGAACGAUCCUCUCUAUGCCCAGAUUAACAAAUUGAAGAAAUAAGUAUUGUGGAAUAGCCAGCUUGUUGGUGCUCUACAAGACCUUCUCUAAAUGACAAUGCUCCCUGCCAGACUUUUGGAUCUCAAGGCUCCAUCACUCUGUAUUCUGCAAUGCUGAUGCAGAUGGAUUUGCUUCUCUGGAUUAGUCCUCUCAAUGAUGCAGCCACCAGUUCAUAAGCAACUUACGAACUUGCCAAGUGCUGCACAAAUAUAAUAAAGAGGGGUAGGGGGGUGGG